AAGCAAAGAAACGCGAUCCCUCUCUCUCUCUAAAACCCAGAACAAAAGGAACACGACCCGUCUUUCUCUCUCUAAGACCCAAAACCAAUAGGAGAUAAAAAGAUCAGAGAUUACGGCACGACCAAACCUUUUUGUCCCUUGCAAUUCUCGCUCACCUUUCGCCAUCCGUCAUCAUCUGCAACAAAUUGCAGAGAACAGUGAAAGAGAAAAUUCAGUAAAAGAGAGAGCAAACCCUAGCUCAACAAAUUCUCUCAGAUCCCCUUAUCCGCUAUGUCCACUGAUAGCGAUGACAUUGACGAGGAUGAGCUCCUCCAAAUCGCGCUGAGAGAGCAAGCACAGCGGGAACUCCCUUACCAGAGACCGUCCUCAGCAACUUCGAGGCCGUCACGACCAGUAGUUAACCUGAUCCAGCCUCCUCCUCCUCCUCCUCCUCCUCAUCCCUCUAACAAGAGGGGAGGGGCAAAUCCUAAAGCUAGGGAUUCGAAGAAUGCUCGAAGGGCUAUGGAGGAUGAUGACGAUUCAGAAGUGGAGCUUCUGAGUAUCUCUUCGGGGGACGAGGAUUCCUCGUUGAGGGAUAAACCUGUUGCGAAAGCUGGAGGCCAUGGCAGGAAGGGGGGAAGGGAUGAACCGGUGGAGAGAGGGUGGGAUGGUGAGGAGCCAAAUAGCUGGAAAAGAGUUGAUGAGGCUGAGCUUGGUCGUAGGGUACGUGAAAUGCGAGAAGCAAGGGCAGCACCAAUAGCCCAAUCACAUGACCUAAAGGCAGCAGCUAUGGCUCGAAAGGGACUCACUAGUUUACAGUCUUUACCUCGGGGUGUAGAUUUUGUGGAUCCACUUGGACUUGGGAUUAUAAACGUGAAAAAUUUAACAUUGGUCACCGAUGCCCCAGACAGCACUCCAGCUUCGUCAAGGGAUAAGCUUGAUGUAGAGACUUUAGAUCAAAAGACACGGGAGAAGUUUAUGUACCAUUCUGAAAAAUUUGAUGCAAAGCUGUUCCUGUCUCGUAUCCAUCAAAACACAGGUGCAGCAGAUCUAGAAUCUGGUGCACUAGCUUUAAAAACUGACCUCAGAGGUCGGACACAACAAAAAAAGCAAUUGGUGAAGGAAAACUUUGAGUGCUUUGUCUCGUGCAAAACAACCAUAGACGACAUUCAGUCGAAAUUAAAACGAAUUGAAGAAGAUCCAGAAGGUGCUGGAACUGCUCACCUAUAUAAUUAUAUACAAGAUGUUAAUUUAGUUGCAAACAGCGCUUUUCAGCCUCUGUUUGAACGACAGGUGCAAGCUGAAAAGAUCAGAUCUGUCCAAGGAAUGCUACAGAGGUUUCGAACAUUAUUCAAUUUACCAAGUGCAAUACGUGGGAGCAUAAGCAAGGGAGAGUAUGAUUUGGCUGUCAGGGAAUAUAGGAAAGCAAAGUCAAUUGUUCUUCCUUCACAUGUAGGAAUAUUAAAACGUGUUCUUGAGGAGGUUGAAAAGGUGAUGCAGGAAUUUAAGAGCAUGCUUUAUAGAUCAAUGGAAGACCCACAAAUAGACUUAGCUGAUCUCGAGAACACUGUCAGGCUGUUGUUGGAGUUGGAACCUGAUUCAGACCCUGUGUGGCACUAUCUCAACAUUCAGAAUCGCAGGAUUCGGGGGUUAUUUGAAAGGUGUACCAUAGAACAUGAUGGUCGGAUGGAAGCUUUGCAUUCCCAGCUCCAUGAGAAAGUGCUUUCAGAUGCAAGAUGGAGGCAAAUUCAACAAGAUUCAAACAAAACCUCAGCAGUGGACUACUCCCUUCUUUUGGGAGAUAAUCUUUUGUCAGUGGAUGCUCAACCAACGGACUUGACUGGUGAAGAAAUGGAUGCUCUUCGAGGAAGAUAUAUCUGCAGGUUGACUGCUGUACUUAUCCAUCAUGUGCCAGCAUUUUGGAGAUUAGCUCUUUCUAUAUUCCAUGGAAAAUUUGCUAAGUCUUCUCAAGUUGCGGCUGACAGCGUAGAACCAAAUGGCAAGGCUACUACACAUAAGACUGAAGAUAGAUUUGGGGAGAUGAAAUGUUCUAGUCAUUCUCUUGAUGAAGUUGCUGAGAUGGUACAAGGCACUGUAUUGAUAUAUGAAACAAAGGUCCAUAACACAUUUCGAGAUCUUGAAGAAUCUAAUGUUCUCCAUCCACAUAUGAGGGACGCCAUUAAGGAAGUAUCUAAGGCUUGCCACGCUUUUGAAGGAAAAGAGGCUGCUCCUCCAAGUGCUGUUAAAUCAUUGUUGUCCCUUCACAUGGAAAUCACAAAAAUCUUUGUAUUAAGAAUUUGCUCAUGGAUGAGAGCGGCAACAGAAGAGAUAUCUAGGGAAGAAUUGUGGGUACCCGUGUCUAUUCUUGAGCGGAGCAAGUCUCCAUAUACAAUAUCGUUCUUGCCUCUAGCAUUUAGUAUAAUGCUGAUCUCGGCAAUGGAUCAGGUUGAUUUAAUGGUUAAAAGCCUUAAGAGUGAGACAACAAUCUCUGGCAACAUGACCAUGCGAGUUCAAGAAAUGCAGGAAUCUGUGAGGCUGGCUUUUCUGAAUUGCUUUAUUGAUUUUACAGGAUACCUAGAGCGUAUUGGUCGUGAACUAUCUCAAAACAGAUCGAACAAGGACAGUUUAAGUUUACAAAAUGGGUAUUUGCCUGAUUCAGAAGGGAAAUAUUCUGGUCUUCACCCUGGUAGUGUGGUCACUGAUUCACAUCAGAAACUAUUGAUAGUUUUGAGUAACAUUGGAUAUUGCAAAGAACAACUUUCCCGCGAGUUGUAUACUAAGUACAAGCAUAUCUGGAUCACAUCAAGGGAAAAUGAUAGUGAAGGGGAGAGCGACAUUAGAGAUCUAGUGAUCUCUUUUACGGCCCUUGAGGAGAAAGUCCUUGCCCACUAUACAUAUGGAAAGGCAAACUUGAUUAGAUCUGCAGCUUCCACAUAUCUAUUGGAUGGGGGAGUUCAUUGGGGAGGUGCUCCUGCAGUCAAAGGUGUACGAGAUGCAGCUGUGGAGCUACUGCACACACUUGUUGCUGUGCAUGCAGAGGUUUAUGCAGGAGCAAAACCCUAUCUUGAGAAAAUGUUGAGCAUUCUGGUUGAGGGAUUGAUUGAUACUUUUCUCAGUCUUUUCCAUGAAAAUAAAGAUGGUUCCCUGAAGUCAUUGGAUACAAAUGGUUUUUGCCAACUUAUGCUUGAGCUCGAGUACUUUGAGACCAUAUUACAUGCAUAUUUCACUCCUGAUGCACGUGAAGCUUUGAACUCUUUGAAAGGGUUAUUAUUGGAGAAAGCCUCUGAAUCAACUGAGACUGUUGAGAAUCCUGGGCAUAAUCGUCGACCUACACGUGGGAGUGAAGAGGCGUUGAUGGAUGAUAAACAGACUGUUUCUCCAGAUGACUUGAUUGCAAUGGCACAGCAGUUCAUCUCUGAUCUUCUGGAAGUUGAAUUGGAGAGAACUCACAUAAACAUAUCCUGCUUCAUGGAGUCGUCAUUGCCCCUCGAAUCAGUUCCACAACAGCCACCACAACCAACGUAUCCUCCAUAUCGAGGCUCGCUGGAUUCACCAAGCAGAAAUUACAGAGGAAGUCAACCCGUGGGAUCUCCUGGCUUCUCUCGACAUAGGCAUAGAUAAGCCUUUCGUUUGGUUUAUUAUGUGAUGUAUUUAUGAUUCAUUCUUUCCCUUUUUUUUCUCUUGGGUUGUAUUUUUUUAAGGUUUUGAGGCGAACCCAUAUUUUAGUACUUGGUUAAAUGUGAGCUUCAUUUAUUUGCGGAAGAUUUUGUUCUUGAUAUUGAUUGGUUCCUAUUCAUUUGUAAAUUUGCAUGAUUUUGUUUUUUUCC